ACUCGUGCAGUGAGCGCCAACAAGGUUAGCAUCAUUCGCUCGAUGAGGUAACCUCGCGACCGACGUGUUAUUUGCUCGAGCGUGUACCGCGUACAAAAUUGUAUACAAACACUACGUUAGAUCGAGAAAAUCGCACCGUGAUAAAUAAUAAACAGUGUUGCCAUAAUUAAAGUGAUACAUUAAAUAUUGUGUGAAUUGUGCCGGUUAAUUAAAUGGGGUAAAAUUAAUUAUGACAAGUGUGUUGAAAAAAUCAAGGGGCUCAAAGGGAAAAUCGGAAUCAAUGCAAGAAGAUCUGCCGUCCAGAUGGUGUGACAGAGCACACAAGGCUGAGGAUGCUGGGAAGUUAAUCAAAUAUAUCGAUGACAAUAUAAUUGGCAAGGGAAAUUCGUUCUGCGGACCUUUUGGACGACGUAAAGUGGUGUACUGCGACUACAGCGGGUCAGGGCGUGCGCUGCAAUGGGUCGAGGAGUACGUGACGCGCGACGUACUACCGGCGCACGCCACGCGUUGUACUGCGCUCUCUGUAACGUGUGGGCAGAGCGAGAUCUAUCGGUCAGAAUCAAAAGAAAUAAUCCGCAAAUCGGUUGGUGCAAGUGAUGAUGACGCUGUGGUUCUCGGGGCCUCUUUAACCCGGUUCCUGCGCGCGCUUCGCCCUCAACGUGUCGCUCUGUUCGUGUCCUCGAGAGAGACGGAGCGACAGUUAAAACCAUGGAUGGAGCACGAUGCUGAGAUAAUCAAGAUCCCGGAAACAAAGGAAGGGUUCAUCGACCUAAACAACUUAGAAUUGAAACUUCAAGAAAACACAGGGACUGGCAAACGUAUGAUUGGUUUCUUCCCUGCUGCUUCAAAGUUAACAGGAGUAUUGGCGGAUGACGUAGCCACGACCUUACUCCUUCAUCAAUAUGGAGCUUGGUCUUUUUGGGACUUCACAUUGGUUGCGCCGACAUCUGCUGUGGACAUGAAUCCAACCUUUUUGGGUGUAGAAGAUGAAAUGGUUAAGAAGGAUGCUUUGUUUUUCAAUUGCGAGAAGUUUGUUGGCGGUGUCCAGGGUCCGUACGUUGCGGUGGUGAAGCGGGACGUCUUCAAGAAUUCCCCGUUAUAUUCCGAUGAUGUGGAGGUACUGGCGGAGACAAUAGAAGAAUAUAGAUGCACAGAAGCUGUGAGAGGCGCGCUGGUCAUGCAGCUCCGGGACGCAAUCGGUGUACAGAACAUAGCCGAGAAACAAGACCACAUCACUAGACAAGUUUUAUCUCAUAUCAAAAAUAUUCCUGAGUUAAUACUGCUCGGGAGUGAAUCUCGUACUAUGCGACGAUUGCCAAUCUUCUCCCUCAUGGUGAAACAUCCAAGGGGAACCUUCCUGCACCACAACUUCGUCUGUGCUGUGCUCAAUGACGUCUUCGGAAUACAAGCGAGAGGUGGACUGAACAGCAAUAUGAGCUAUGGAGCUGAUAUACUUGGAAUUGAUGAGAAGCUUCUUAAGGAGUACGAGAAACUGUUGGAUGUGGAAGCACAAAAAGAAAUAGCACGAGUUCGUAAAUUGAGUGUUGUAAGGUCUCCAGAAAUACCAAUACACAAUGAGCACCUUAGGCCUGGCUUCUGUAGAGUGUCCCUCCCUUUCUUUAUGUCAGAAAAUGAAUUGGCAUUUGUAUUAGAAGCACUCAAAAUGGUAGCUACGGAAGGCUGGAAAAUAUUACCACAGUAUGUUGUGAAUUCCGAAACAGGCCAAUGGAAACACCAUGCAUGCUCAGUUCUUAGAGAUAAGAAAUCUUUGUAUUCCUUGAGAUUUAAUGAUGGUCAAAUAACCUCACAUGAGAGGCGAAUAUCAGGUCCAGGAAUAUUUCCGCACACAUACACGGAAUGUUUGCAAACGGCCAGGAAUUUGUUUAAUAGAGCUAGAAAAUUGGCAAUGAAAUGUUCAACAGUGGAACCCGAGUUCGGUUUCAAUCCGAAAAUAGAUUAUUUGCGGUGGUUUAUGUUGCCAAAGGAAGCACACGACCUUCUAUUGGGCAAAUCUGCUAAUGUGAAACAUAUUGUGCCAUUUGAUCCGUCCGGUUAUACAGGAGCAAGAAAAAGUCUAAAUAAUGUAUCAAGGUCCUCCAAUACCUCAUCUCCUAUAUUAGGAUUUUCCUCAAGACAUUUUAGCCUAUCUGCUAUUGAUGAUUGUCACUUAUUCAGAUUGAAUCAAAGGCAAAAGUUCUUUUCAAGAGAAUCUAGUUUAAGAGAAACCACAAAAGAGGAUGCUGUUGAAGUGUCACCUCGCCCCGUGCAAUUUGCAGUAGGGGAAUCUGUAUCUCCUUUGCGUAUAGUUCCUCAAAAUACAAAAACACUUAUGAGAUCACGAUGCUACUCUUUAGGAUCAGAUUUACCACAGGUACCGCUGAGUGCUCAAGCAAGAAUGAAUCUUGGACUCAAGGAGGCUAGCCCAAAUAACACUGAAAAAGUAGGCAGUUUUUGUCAUUGUGGAAGUCAAACUGACCUGCCAUCACUGGACGAUGUAAUUAUGUCACCAAAUAAAAAAAAUUCAUACAGUACACAAAGCAGUACUUCGAUUUCGGAUUGUAGCCAAGUAGGUAGAGCAUCGCCAACCCCUUCAGUCACGUCACACACUUCAGAGGACCUUCAAGCAUACGUCAAAGAAAUGACUAAAGAAAUAGCAACUGAGAUUAAAUCAGAAAUUCGUGAAGUGAUAUCCAAAGUAGACGAUAUUUUAGAGAAUUCCGAUUCUAUUGAACAGGCAAAUUUAAGCAUGACGUCAUUAUCUAGUCAGAGCGACAGAAAUUCUGUAUCAGUCAUAGAUGUCGCAGAAUAUUUAAUGGGCGUGUCUAAAGAAAUGGCUUCGGAGGUUAAACAUGAAAUUCGAGAGAUGGUGAACAGAGUUGAUGAAAUGAUUUCUCCUGAACUCACAGGGGCGGGUUCAAGAAGAAGUUCUCCUCCUCAACCUGUAAGAAAACGAAUCGGAUCUGGUCCGGAAUUGGGUUUGGACUUGAAUAGGUUGGAUACUUCGCAGCAUUUGAAGAAAUGCCCGACUAGUCCCGUUUUCCAUACUCAAUACGAUGAGGAAGAAAAUCGUUCAUUUAAGAGAUCUCCGAGUACACAAUCGCCCAAAUCAGCACAAUGCACUCCUUUACACGAAGCAUCUGGUCCUAAUAGUAUAUCCUUUAACUCCAGUGAAACAUCCACCCCGGAUACGAUAAUUCAAGUAGUAUCCACUAACCAAAAUUCUCCAGUGCUCCCCAAAUCUCUAAGCUCAAACAAGUUGUCUGAUGACGAAGUUAGUUGCACAGAUAUAAUUUGUAGACACUGUUGUAUUAAGAAAACUUGGUGCCAAAAUACUUCGGUCAGCUCUCAGGACAGUGGUAUAAACAUGAAUUUUACUGACAACGACUCCUAUUUAGAUUAUGUAAAAUGGCGAACUUCUUCAGAUCCAACGACAAACAAAGUACGGAAGCUGCAAGGCAGACUACGUAUGUGCCAGAGGCAUGAGAAGAGCGAAGUGCCGGACAUCAUCGAAGGUGUCCCGGUCUGCUCUGUUGAUCAGACCAAAUCUUAUAAGACAUUCAGUGACACUGAUCCUGGGAGAGUUGUGUUCCAAAUACCAGACGAUGAGCGACAGAACCGAAACACUUCGUCUGCGACGGAUUCGAAGAGGUCUAGCAGAUCUUCUAAUGCAUCAUCAAGUUGUUCUGACCGCAGUUCCAGGUCGAGUGGAUAUGGCACUGAUGGACAGAGAACUUCUAAUGAUGAACAGUUCUAUGAUCGGAGUGAGUCCGAAUGCCGAUUCAAGGCUGACUGCUGCUGGGAAGAGGAGCCCGAUGACAGCAGCGCUUGCAGUGACACUUCGCUCACAGACUUUACCUUCGACGACGAGGGCAAGUGGCAUUGCCCGCCGAAGGACGUUUGGAAAUCUACUGUUGAGACUAUUCAAGAGUACAACAUGAUCAGAGCAGGCGACAAAGUUCUGGUAUGUGUGUCUGGUAGCCGCGACUCUAUCGCUCUGCUUCACACUAUGCAUCAAUACCAGUUCUAUGCCAGGUCUAAGGGGAUUCACUUUAGCAUUGGCGCAGUCUUUAUCCAUGAGCCCCAGACUGAUGUAGACCCGCUACACGUGAUGGCGUAUUGCAGGUCGCUCGGUGUCAAGUUUAUAUAUCAAGACAAAUUGAACCACGAUGAGAUCAAAAGACAAAACAGUGCAUCCAAAAGCCCCGAGCUCCACCGGUGGUCAACGCAUGCGGUCCGACGUCGGAUGUACAACGCGGCGGCUGCACAUGGUUAUGGGGUCGCUGCAGUGGCCCAAAACUUGGACCAUGCUGCGAAAGCGUUCCUAGCUAGUGCAUUGUAUGGCGGCGCUUUGAGAAGCAUUAAGGCACACUAUAGAGUAAGAGAACACAACAUCCGUAUAAUCCGGCCAUUCAUAUACGUCCGAGCGCGUUCUCUAGAAGCUUUCGGCUGGUCGAGAGCACUUCCACAUUUCGGGCACCAUGCACCUGAAUCACCACCCACUGACACUGAUGAAAGUAAACCUGAACUCUUAAAUCGCUCGGCCUCGGAACCCUGUGGUAGUACAAUAGACGUCACUCUUGAAGGCCAGCUGAAGGAAUCUCUGUCUGGACCGCUAGCGGAAAGCCUGGUAGAUCCACUGACAGCUGCGCAAGAACUACUCAGUGGUCAGGAACGCUUGCAUCCGUACAUCUUCGCCAGUUUAAAGAGUGCUUUGCAUCCUCUGAUAAGUGCUAGAAACAUAGAAAAGGACUUAAAAGAGAAUAGACACAGAAAGAAAUCGGUAAUUCAAAUGAAAAAUGGCGCACCAGUGUAUGACUCCGAAGAGGGCACUGAAGAAGAACCGGUGUCGUAGAGGUUACAAAUUUAUAUUCCCGCCAAUAAUACUAUUAAGGGUUGCCAUAUUGCAAAAUAAAAACCAUACAUAUGUUAUAUUUUUAUUCUUUUGAAUGCUUUAAUAAAAUAAGCUUUAGUCUGACCAAGUUUUUUUUAUUUUGUCGACAAAAGCGUUUUUUGUUGAUGCAUUCUAGAAAAGUAAGUUAUUGUGCUUUUGUACAUCUACCGGUAUGUACAAAACCGUGGGCAUUGUAGAUCCAGUGCGAUUUUGUUUCAAUUUAUACAAUUUCCGCUUAAAUUGCGUAUAUUAAUCAAUAGUGGAAUAGUGUCAGCCAACUAAACAUCCCAACAGCAUUGGGAUCGUCACAUUAUUGCUGUCUUUUUAGGACCGAUUGUCCUAAUAUAAAUAAAGAUAUUGCGGUACAAGAAAUCAAUAUAUUUUGAUAAUUCAGCAAUGAGGUCGAGAUCUUGUAAUUUUAAAACCGUUUUAUUUGAUUAUAACUAUGAGUGCACUCCGCAGUGUCUCUUGAUAUACUUUAGAUUGGAGUCUAUUUCAAGUGUCGUUGAAAUAGAUGUUUUGUCUCUUUCUCAAUUGAUCGGAUUUGUAAAUAUAUGACAGAGACAGAUCUUGGUUCAUUGUAUGUGUCUUUAAUGCCUGCCAUCUAAUAUGGCAGUUAAUGAUCGAGUUGUGAAUACUCAGUGAUUAAAAAUGCAGUUCAUUUUAUCGCAGUGUUGUUGUUAUGCGUCUUAAUAAAGAUUUAGAUUUUUUUUUACUUUAUUAAAUAUGAAGUCAAAUAAUUUAAUAUAUUUGUAUAAUGUCAAUUUUUGUCAUUUGGAACUACUUUAUGUUUAUGUAUAAAGUUGAACCUAUUUUUUAUAGUUAUUAUUUACCCAACACAGUCAAAUUCCAAACAUUUGUUUUAUCAUUUUGUGACCUUUGAGGGCUAUAACUGCCUAUCACUUUUCAGACAUAUUCAUCGGUUUUAUACCUAGUAUUUUUUGUGUUGCCAUAAUAAAAAAUAAUCUUCUUAUUAGUCCUUUUUUGUAUCACGUGGAAUUGAAAACGAAGUGCAUUUGCUACAGUCUGGUAAUGUCGUAUUUAAUGUUAAUCAAUAUUAAUAUAUUUUUAUUCUUGUAGAUAAGUAAGUGUGUUGAAAUUCUAUGUAAUAAGAAGUUGACUUAUUGUUAUAUACAAGGUCGAAUUUCCCUAUGACAUUUAAAACGAAACUACUCGCAAUAUUAAUUUGACACCUAGGUUCGUUCAGAAACAAUUGUCGAGUUUACGUUUUGAGUUGCAGUCACAGUUGCUAUGGGUUAAAUGUCAUAGCAAAAAUGGGUCUGUAUAGAGAAUGAAAAUGCAUAUAAUACGUUUAUACUGAACAGAUUUUAUUCAAGGCAAUUCGCCUUCUUGAAAUGUUUGUUAAAAUACUAACUGUUAUAUUUUGAUAACUAUAAAAAAUUAUUUUAUUAAUGGUAUAUUCUAAUUAUUAGAUUUACUCUUUUAUUAUAUAUACUUACUACUUAUAUUAUAAUAAUCACAUGUAUUAAUAUACAAACACAUCAAGAAAACUAUUUACACAAUUAAUUUGAAAAUAUGAUAUACGAAGAACACUUAUGUUUUAUGGAGCAAAUGGUAAAAAACUGUUAGAUGUAAAUGAAGAAAUAUAUUUUUAAAUGUUAGGUUCUUGGAUCAUUUAAAUUAAAUGACAUCCAUUAUCUAUUUUAAAUUAUAUUAACACUUCUACAUUUGUUCAUAAGGUACUUACCUUAAUUCUUGUAGGAUAUUUUAAAUUUUUGUUGUAAAAAAGUCGAUUACAGAGAAGUCGAAGGAUUUGUUCAUUGAUUUUGUUAACUAAAAAUGACUUAAAGUCUAGAUAUGUAAAGUAGUUACAUAGCCGAAGAUAUUUAAUAUUUUCUAUAGUACUAUUAACUUCCUUCUGACUAGCCUAUCUACUUCUCAGGAAUAACAAUAGUUUUUAAAUUGAUAGUGUUUUUGAAAUUUGUUUUGCGCUUACAGUUUGUGGCUUUUGCCGCGGCAAAUGCAGUCUCUUAUGGCAUAGACGUAGUAGUGGUAGAAAUAAGUUAUUUUUGCACGGCAACAUUGACCUCUAGAGCCCAUUUAUCUGGACUUAAAUGGGUUUACAUAAUAAUGUUUUUGAGUUUUUUUUUUAUAAAGACUAAAGUGCGUAUUUUUAGGUAACAUAUGCUGUGAAGAUAUUUCUCAUGUUUCAUUUUAUUUUAUAAGUACUAUGUUAACGUAGGUGGCAAAUAUUUUUGUAUUAUCGCUUAAUAUAUAAAUUCCUAUAUUAUUAUAAUAUUAUCUAGCGUAAGUGAAGUCCCAUACGUUGCUUCCAUGAUAAUCAUAACCGUAUAUACAAAUAGUCGUAAAAAUAAAGUUUUUUUUUGAUGUA